AUGUUUGCCGACUCUUGCGGAGGACAAUACAAAAAUCUCACUAUCAUCCAGUUCUUUUACUACGUAACUGCUACACUAAAAAGAUUUGACACUGUGACAAUUAAUUACCAGUGUAUGGCCAUUCCUUUAUGGAACCGGGCAAAACAUGGAUUGAACCCCAAAAGUGCAAAGGCUAAAACCCCAGAUGACUGGAGAGAGGUUAUAGAAGCCGUUCGAAUUAAGCCACAACCGUUUGUUGUUGUAUCAUGUGCAAGAAAGUUAUUUGGAGGUUACCGAAUCACACCUAGAUAUUGCAAGCCGAGCCGUCCACCAGCAGAACCUUUGGGCGGUCCAAAUAUAUGUAUGUUUAACCAUGAAUGUAGACAAAAGAAUGGCCUAGUAGUUGGUGCGUGUAUGGACGGUUUUCUCUUUGGAGCCUGCUGUCAACUUCCGCCGGGAGUUUCUGUGGGGGAAUUUGUGGAAGAAGAAGGUGUUUCUCCAUAUAUAGUGGAAAAUGGUAUUUCCACUAGAAGACCCAUUACGACCCCUUUAGAUAUAACUUCACUUGGAGUUUCACAAAUAGCCGAAUCUUUACUCCGCCCUGGAGUGCUUCCCACUGCUAUGGAUAAUGAAGUGGUUCAAGUCAGUAGUAAUCAGCACUUUUCUACUGCUGGUGUGACACAUCCAGAAGCCCCAGAUACUUUGCUAGUUAAUCACCUAGAGAACGAAAUUGACCCUGACUACUUUAGGCCUACCAGUCAACCCAUCGACGAAAAAAGAACAACUCUUAAAAAUGACGACUAUCAAAAUACUCCUAUCAUAGCUAUAUCGAUAUCGAAUGCACCUUUAGAGUACACCACUAUUUCUGGUUUUAGCAAGCCAAUCUUUAGACCAAAACCAAUCAAGCCUAAUGAUAAUAAUUACGUUAGAAUUCCUACUAUCAAUCACAAUGCUCCAAAACCCAACAAAACACAAGAAUAUGAUUCUAUUGUAAAUAUAUUACAAGUUAUAAAUGGUAAUACUACACGAAGGCCAACUCUGGCUACGCGAAUUCCACCAAGCGAAGUUGUAAUAACUUCUAGGAAACCACCUUCUACUUCUUAUGUUUUCAGUACGACCCUCCCACCAAGACGUACACAACCUACCAAAAAGAAAUCCACUACAAAAUCUACCAAUAUCCCUAACUCUUCUUUCUUUACUUCUACCAAAACAACAUAUGCCUAUUCUCCUACUGCAUUCGUUACAUCCAUUAAACCCCCUUCUACGUCAUAUGUGUACAGCUCUACUCCACCAAGACGACCUCCACAAUCAACUAUGACCUCACACAUCGUUGGUCCAACAUUUAGCGUUAGCUCAAGACCAGUUUCAAGUACAUUCUCAACACCAGCUCCUACCAUAAUAGUUUUGGGACCAGUAACCGAUGAAAUUAGCUCAGAAUUUACUAAACCAAGUACAUACCAGCAGCAACAGUACCCUGUUACUUUACAACGACCUACUGCAUUACCACAACGAAAACCACCUACUGGUAAACCAGUUCACCACGUCACUAUUAAUCAGCAUGUCACGCAAAAUAUUUAUAGUACAACUGAAAGACCCCUGCUUAAUUCCUUCGGUUCUAGCGAAAGACCCUCUCCAACCAUUUUAAUUACUCCAAAACCUAGUUCGUCCUUUAGGCCGCAAGACUAUUCAGAUACUAUUGAAGUGGGAACUAUACCUUCAGCGCCAGAUGAUGAUAAUAUUAAUUUCCCACCUGUAAGAAACCCCAACCUAAAUAUGUCCAACAUUCACCCAUUGAGCGAAAAUGAUAUCACUACACCGGUAUUUAUAGAGGAUGAAGCACUAAAUGCCAAUGUAGAAUCAUUUGUAAAUAAAAUAAUAGAAGGCUUACAAGAACCUUUUCACGGACUAAAAGAUGUUGUUUAUAACCGACGAAAUUCCACGAUCUUAUCAGUAGGCACUACUACAAAAAGUACCACAAAAAAACCUUUGAAGCAAGGAAAUGUCACUAAAAAACCAGUAAUUACGACGCUAAGACCAGCAGCUACCACUUUAAGACCUGUAAAUACAAGACUCACAACUUCGUCGAGACCAGGAACUACUACAAAGAGGCCUGGUAAUAGAAAAACUACACCGAUAGUUACAACUAAAAAGCCAAUCACCACUAUUAAGAAAACAAAACCAACCAAGAAGCCUUUAACAACCACUCCAACGUUUAUUGACCAUUCUACGGACAACGUAGUCAUUGAUAGUGAAGAUUACAGAACACAAUGUGGUAUCCGCCCAUUAGUCCGGGCAGCCAAAAUCGUCGGAGGAAAAGGAGCGCAGUUCGGAGAAUUUCCUUGGCAAGUGUUGGUUAGAGAAUCCACCUGGUUGGGACUGUUUACCAAAAAUAAGUGCGGAGGUGUACUAAUUAGUCACAAGUAUGUCAUGACUGCUGCCCAUUGCCAGCCAGGAUUCUUGGCAUCGCUCGUAGCCGUUUUCGGAGAAUUUGAUAUAUCUGGGGAUUUGGAGAAGAAGAGGCCCAUUAGCAGAAAUGUCAAGAGGGUAAUAGUUCACAGACAAUAUGAUGCACAGACGUUUGAGAAUGACUUGGCUUUACUGGAACUCGAACAACCGGUGCAAUUUGAUCAGCACAUACACAACGAAGAUUUCGUAGGGCGCAUGGCUACAGUUACAGGAUGGGGCCGUCUCAAAUAUGGAGGUGGAGUGCCAUCUGUGCUCCAAGAAGUCCAAGUUCCUAUUAUGGAGAAUCCUGUAUGUCAAGAGAUGUUCAGGACAGCAGGACAUUCGAAGGUUAUACUUGAUUCGUUCCUAUGCGCAGGGUAUGCAAAUGGACAGAAAGAUUCUUGCGAGGGAGAUUCUGGUGGACCUUUAGUACUCCAACGACCGGAUGGAAGAUACCAACUAGCCGGCACAGUUUCCCACGGAAUCAAAUGCGCAGCGCCCUACUUGCCUGGAGUGUAUAUGAGAACACAAUUCUUCAAACCUUGGAUAACGUCUAUAACAGGUGUUACAGCGCCGUAG